AUGCCGCCGGCCUCUCGUGCCGCCUGCCUCCUGGCCCUGACGCUCGCGCCACAUGCGCGAUCCGACAUGGAGAUGAACUGCCAGAUCUUUGACUCGACGAUGGUUUGUGACAGCGACAAGCCGAGGAUAGCGCGCGGCGAGAUCCGCACUUGCUCGGGCGAGGUCAUGAAGAUUGAUCUGACGCGGCUGUCUUCCAUCGCUUCGCUUCACAAGCUGAUGUCGCUUCUCGGGCUGCGCGAGAUUUGCGGCGACGCAGACGAGCGAUGCGCCGGCUGGUCCAGCAAAGGGGAGUGCGACCGGAACGAAGGCUUUAUGCACACCAACUGCAGGAAGGCGUGCGGGCUGUGCGCAGAGGGCGCCAAGCAGGCCGAGGGCACCCUCUGCACGGACGCCGAGUCGGCAAACAACUGCCAGUACUGGUCCACUAUGGGCGAGUGCACCGCCAACGAGGCCUUCAUGCGCGAGAAGUGCGCGCGCGCCUGCGGCUUCUGCAAGGUCUCCUUCUCCGAGGACGACGCUGCGGAGAAGGACGAGCUCUAG